AUUCUCAGAUGAGCAACCAUCCUAUGAACUGGUUCAAAGCCGUGCGCACCAAAUCUUGCAAUGCGUCUCUUGAAUACUUCUUGAUUUCAGGUUCGUGACUUCUCCGACACUAUCGUCCCUCCAUAUGCCAUCCUGUCACACAUGUGGGGGUUGGAUGAGGUGUCUCUGCUGGAUGUAUGUAUACUGGAUGUUUCUCCAUUGGAGUCUCAAGAUACCUCGGUCUACGUCAUGGAGAGAUUCGCGAAGAUUACCAAAUGCUGUCGUCAAGCUCAAGUAGACGAGAUACAAUGGGUCUGGAUCGACACUUGCUGUGUCGACAGAUCGAAUAGGGAAGAGAUGAACAAAGCGUGCAAUCUAGCGUACAAGUGGCUCGAAGAAGCGGUAGUUUGUUAUGCUUAUCUAUCCGAUGUUCCUGGCUCUGUUACGGGCUCUUUUACAGAUGGACAAACUGGCAUUCGAAAUAGUCGCUAUUUUACACGGAAAUGGACGUUGCAGGAUCUAGUGGCUCCUCGUGUAGUAAAGUUCUUUGCCAAAAACUGGCGUAUAUUGGGAACAAGAAGCAGUUUGAAUCAUUUGAUCUCGGAAGUUACAGGGAUUUCACCAGCGGUAUUGCUUGGAGAGAAGAAUCCAAAGCAAUGUCAUGUAUCAGAGAGAAUGGCUUGGGCUUCGAAUCGAAAAACCACAAAGGUAGAAGACGAGGCAUACUCUAUGAUGGGGCUUUUUGAUAUCAAUAUGCCGAUACUAUAUGGCGAAGGAAGUCGGGCUUUUCGUCGACUCCAGGACGAAAUCAGAAAGACACACUAUUCGUCAGUUCUGGAUACUGCAAGGACUGGCAUGCGUUUGUUAGACACUAGAUCAGAGCCCCUCCAGAUUCGAAGCUUUUUUGGUAGUGACAGUCCCGAGUAUGCCAUACUGUCCCAUACCUGGGGCUCAGCAGAUGAUGAAGUGUCGUUCUCAGAUGUGUGCCAAGGCAAAGCAGAAGGCAAAAGGCUGUACUCAAAAGUCAGAAAAAGCUGUGAUUUGGCAGCAAGUCAUGGAUUUGAAUACAUUUGGAUUGAUACUUGCUGUAUUGAUAAAUCUAGCAGUGCUGAACUUCAGGAAGCAAUUUGUUCCGUGUAUAGAUGGUACAAAAACGCUCGGAUUUGUUACGUACACCUCGAAGAUUUCUUGGCACCAACAAGUUCCUGUGAAAAGCCCAGUCUCUGGAAUAGUAGAUGGUUUACUCGAGGUUGGACUCUGCGUGAGUAGCCCUGAAAUACUUUCUACUUGGUGAAAAAAGAAGGCCAGGACACUAAUGUUCUUUACAGAGGAACUCAUUGCACCUACUUUUGUUGAAUUAUACGACAGAAAUUGGACAGAAAUUGGAACUAAUCUGAGUCUCUGCGAGCACAUUUCCGAUAUUACCGAUAUUAGCCCUGCUGUACUACGUGGAUCCGAUCCCACAAAAGGCUCUAUCGCUGAAAGAAUUUCUUGGGCUGCUUCUCGGUCAACUACGCGUGUUGAGGAUGCUGCAUACAGCCUACUAGGAUUGUUUGACGUCUUCAUACCCAUGUAUUGGGUUGAAAGGGUAUUGGGUACUGAAGGUCAUGGAGAAUUGAUUGCAUUGUAA